UCCUCCUCCAUCCGCGCGCUCUCGUGGAGUUUUGGAGCGUCACGUUAUGAUGGAGCGCGCGCUCCCGCGUCGCUCCCGGUCCCUAUAUCUGUCAUCCGCCACAAGAGCUGACAUCACGCAGAGGAUUACAAUGUCAAAUGUUUUAGGGUCGCGUCGCGGCGAGUUUAUGGCUUCCCCGCACGCGCUUCAGAGGAAUUCCCGUCACCACUUUCUCGAACAACCGAUCAAAUAUUAACUUUGACGAGGUCCUCUCCUCACAGCCCCACGCAGGAUGCAUUCAAGUUAAGAAGGUAUGUGCGUGUGAGCUCCUCCUCCAUCAUGCUGGGGCCCCAACUGGACCGCAACCGCCUGGUCCCCCCAAUGGACGUCUCCAACGGCAACCAUUGUCAGAUGGGGGCGAGCGACAGAGGGCUGGAUGAAGUGUGUCUGUACCAGACCGCUGCCUGCACUCUCUACUCUGAAGCGCACACACCCACGCCGCUAAGAGCCACUGCUAGUGCUAACACUAACGCUAACGCAUCAGCUGGCUCACACGCCAUCCUGCGCACACACACUGCGGAUCACGGUCUGCAACAAGGCUGCUCCCAUCCAGAGGUGGAAAUGCCAAGUCUGGAACAUAAGGUCCUGGACAGGGGGUCUCGCGGGGCCUGUGGGAGGAACCGGGGAUCCAUCACUAGGUCCUCAGAAGGAUACGGGACAGAGGAGGAGUGUGUGUUGUCUGACCCCCAAGGAGAGAGUGACGCCGACGCUGACAUAGAGGACACAGACUGCAGGCUCCAGGAGCCGGGUAGCCUCCAGCGAAUCAGCUCACGGCGGCGCAAGCGUCCGCGGCCGACGCGCCAGGACACCACGGAGAGCGAGGACGACGGGGGGCGGAGCCAGCGGACCCCCCGCUGGAACCCCCGGCUCAGCCCCCACCGCGGCCACAGCAGGACCAUCCUGGAGGAGAGCGUCUCUCAGGUCAGGCCGCUGGUCAUCCGUCGACCGAGCGCCGAGGUGCAGACGGCCGGCAGCCCGGAGGCUUCCGGAGGCCCCAAGCCAGCGCUGUGGCCCUCGGCCCCUCCCCUGCCCCCCCGUCUCCUCCUGCUCCUCCUCCUCCUCCUCCUCCCCCUCUCCCUGGUCCUCCUGCUCCUCUUCAGACCCUGGGCUGGUGCCUGA